AUGCCUGUUGUUGCUGGUCCUCCCGCAGCCGGUCCCUCGACCUUCGACAAGAUGAAAAUGGGUGCCCUCAUGGGUUCCACUGUCGGUGGCAUCAUGGGCUUUAUUGGUGGAGCUGUGACUAUCAUGCAGUACGGUGCUGGCCCCAACGGUGUUAUGCGCACUCUGGGCAAGUACAUGCUUGGUUCCGGUGCCACUUUUGGCCUUUUCAUGUCCAUUGGUAGUGUCAUCCGUUCUGAUGGACCCCACAACGAUCUCUGGCUCCGUGCUCAAGGGCCCCCGAUGAUGCUUCCUCGCCAAACCCCCCUACGCUCGACGCGCCAAUAA